AUAGGUAUUUCUACAUCUGUUAAUUUGGAUAAAACUAAUAAAACAACUAGCAAUAAUAGAAAACGCUAUUAUGAAGUCUUACAUGAUGACAGUAUACUUAGCACUAGUAAUAAGAAACACGGUUAUGAAGAAUUAUUUGAUGACAUUUCUGAUUUCUUAGAAACAGAUAGCUCAGUUAAUGCUAAUGUAGAACCGAGAAAAAAAAAGCUUAGAUGGGAUCAACCUGAAGAUGUCAUUAAAAAAAUAUGGAUUACUAGACAUUUACUGGAUGAUAAUGGAGAAGCAGCAGUAAAGAUAAAUUAUGACCACAAGAAAAAUUCUAUUUCUUUACGAGUUCCAUCUUGGAACUUUGUGGCUAUUACCAGAUCAUAUGAUUCUCAACGUUUGUAUAUCAAAGUCAGAAAUAUAUCAAAAGAUAUCAAUCAAUCUAGAAGACCAAUUACCAAUUUGCUUUCAAUGCCUUAUAGUCAAUUGAAAAUUCAAGCUGAAGAAAUCAUGAUAAGAAAACAGAAGUUAUCAGGACAGUCAUUCACUAUAAAAAAUAUAAUCAAUGAUGAAUUAUGGGUAGAUAAAUAUCGACCUCGAUCAUAUUUAGACUUACUCUCAGAUGAAACUAUUAACAGACAAUUCUUGCAUUGGCUGAAACUCUGGGAUAAGAUUGUAUUUAAUCAAAAUGCUCUGAUACCAAGAAAGAAACAACCAUCUACAUAUGAAAAGAAGAAUAACAUUGAUGAUGAAAAAGAUAUUGGGGAAGUGGAUAACAAAGGAUAUCCAAUAAAAAGGAUAGCUUUACUCAGUGGUCCACCUGGAUUGGGAAAAACAACUCUUGCACAUAUAGCAGCCAAACAUGCCGGUUAUAAUGUCGUUGAAAUUAAUGCAAGUGAUGAAAGAACUCCAGAUACAUUUAGACAAAUUCUUCUUGCAUCAACGGAAAUGAAAGCUGUAAUGGGUGCUGAUCCCCGUCCAAAUUGUUUAAUUUUUGAUGAGAUUGAUGGUGCACCAGCUGCAUCUAUCGAACUUUUAUUAAAAUUCAUCCAAGGCAAAUUAGUGCCAAAAAGUAAAAAAGGAACAGAACAAUCAGAAAAAAUGUUUUAUGGCUGUACACGUCCCAUAAUAUGCAUUUGUAAUGAAUUAUAUACUCCUUCGUUAAGAAUAUUAAAAGCCGCUGCCGUAAUAUUUUUGAUACAAGAAGUAAAUCCUUUAAGAUUGGCAGAACGUCUAAUGGAUUUAGUAAGAAAAGAAAAAUUGAAUAUAGAUUUUGGCGAUCUUGUAAAAAUAGCAGAAAGAUACAAUUGUGAUGUUCGAGCUUGCAUAGGAGCAUUACAGUACAUAGGUAGCGCCAAUUUAAAAUAUGAUUUAUCUUUAAGUUUAAAAGACACUCGCAAGAAUUUGUUUGAUUUAUGGAAAAGUAUAUUAACAUUUCCCAUGAACAAAGGAAAGAUUUCUAUUUCUGAAAGAAUCCAAAACAUUUUAAGAAUUGUGCAAAAUGGUGAAAUAGAAAAGAUAUCACAAGGAAUAUUUCAUAACUAUCCGGAAAUCUGUGAUUGGAAACUUGAUAAUAUAUCUAUAUCUUUAGAAUGGUUUCAAUUUUUUGAUUCAGUAACAUCACUUAUUGCAUACAAGCAGAUUUGGUCACUUAUGCCUUAUACAAAUUAUGGAUUUAUUGCAUGGCAUUUGUAUCUUGCUCAAACACAGAAGAUAAAAUUAUCAUAUCCUUCUGUUACUAAUGAAGUAAUUCAAAAAUCGGCGAAGAAUAUGAGUAUUUUAAUGGCAAUACAAAAAGUUUAUGGAUGCGACAUUUUUACUCUAACUACGGAUAUUAUUAGCUUUUUGCCAGACAUUCUAACGCCCAGAUUGCGUACAGUUCCUUCUCAUCUGUAUUCACCGAAAGAGAAGCUUGAGCUCGCUAGGAUAAUAAAUGUGAUGCUUGAAUUUGGUUUAUCAUUUAUACAAGAGAAAAAUCCUCAAGGAGGAUAUAUGUACAAAUUAGAUCCAAAUAUUCUGGAAGUUGGUAUUCUUCCUGAUUGUAAUGUGCAUCGAAGACUUGCAUAUGCGGUACAACAAAUAAUUGCGCAAGAGUUAGAAGUUGAACGUUUGAAGCGUGCGAAUAGUUUAACAGGACUUGAUGGAAUUCGUUUAAAAAACAUGACGAAUUCAGAAAAACCAGAAAUUAUAGAAAGUAUUCAGAAUAAAUUUUCUAAUUCUUUGAAUAGUAUGAAGCAGCCUAAAAAGAAUAUGACAUUAUUAAAGGAUAGAGUACAUAAAGAUUUUUUUGCAAAUAUCAUGACGAAUAAAAACGAAAAUGCUGAAACGCAAAAUAAAUUAAUAAAUUCUAGUCUUCUGACAUCGCAGAAAAGAUGUACUCAGAUGCAGAACAUCUUAACGAAACAUGGGAUAUGGUACAAAUAUAAAGAAGGUUGUAAUAAUGCUGUUCGCCGAAGUGUAUUUAUGGAAAAAUUUUUAUAA